AUGGGUAUUAGGCUUUGCAAUAAUGCACUGGCUCUUUUCGUUGUUUUUAACCUUUUGCUUUUCACUUGUGUUUCAUCACACAAUCUACCUUGCCCACCAAAGAGUGUUCCUUCACCUCCCUCUGUACCCAAAAAGCAUGCCAAAUGCCCAAAAGACACCCUCAAGUUUGGUGUUUGUGGGAGUUGGCUAGGACUGGUUACCGAGGUCAUUGGGGCUAAACCAAGCAAGGAAUGCUGUUCACUGUUGAAAGGCCUCGCAGAUCUUGAAGCUGCAGUGUGCUUAUGCACUGCCAUUAAUGCUAAUGUACUUGGACUUGUUAAGCUCCAAGUGCCUGUUGCCCUCAGUUUGCUUGUCAAUGGAUGUGGUAAGAAGAUUCCCGAAGGGUUUGUCUGUGCUUAAUUUGCACGGGAGCUGUAGUCUCUGCUUUCCUAUAUUUCCUUUUGUGUCUGAUGUACUGAUUAUUGUUGGUUUGUGAAUUUGUUGGCGAAAAUAAAUCAAGUUUGUCUGCUAAUUAAUUAGGUAGGUCGACUAUCACGAAGCUUCGUAGUAGACCAAGCCAAUAAUUCCUGAAUUUAAUUAGGAGAUAAAUUUUAGUGUCCAAUUAUUGUCCAUGCUUUUGCUUAAUAAAAUUGUGUUCUAUUUGAAUGUCA